CGGGACCUUCCUAAGCUGCCGCAGGACACCAUGAAGCUGCUGCCAGUCUUGGGGCCUGGAGACAAGCCCAGGAAAGCAACAUGGUACACCUUGACCCCCCCUGGAGACAGCCCCUGUGCUCGGGUUGGCCACAGCUGUUCAUAUUUACCCCCAGUUGGUGAUGCCACGAGAGGGAAGGUCUUCAUUGUUGGGGGAGCAGAUCCAAGCAGGAGCUUCUCAGAUGUGCACACCAUGGAUCUGGGAACACACCAGUGGGAUUUAGCCACCUCGGAGGGCCUCUUGCCCCGGUACGAGCAUGCCAGCUUUGUUCCCUCUUGUGCUCCUCAUACCAUCUGGGUGUUUGGAGGUGCUGACCAGUCAGGAAAUCGAAAUUGCCUACAAGUUCUAAAUCCUGAAACCAGGACUUGGACCAUGCCGGAGGUGACCAGCCCCCCGCCAUGCCCAAGAACAUUCCACACAUCAUCUGCAGCCAUUGGAAACCAGCUGUAUGUCUUUGGGGGCGGAGAGAGAGGCGCCCAGCCUGUGCAGGAUGUGAAGCUGCAUGUGUUUGACGCAAACACUCUGACCUGGUCACAGCCAGAGACCCUUGGAAAACCUCCAUCCCCCCGGCAUGGUCAUGUGAUGGUGGCAGCAGAGACAAAGCUCUUCAUCCAUGGAGGCUUGGCAGGGGACAAAUUCUAUGAUGAUCUCCACUGCAUUGAUAUAAAUGAGAUGAAAUGGCAGCAGCUAAGUCCCACGGGGGCAUCUCCCGCAGCCUGUGCUGCCCACUCAGCUGUGGCUGUGGGGAAACACCUGUACAUCUUUGGAGGGAUGACUCCCACAGGAGCACUGGACACAAUGCAUCGGUAUCACAUAGAAAAGCAGCAUUGGACCUUGCUUAAAUUUGAUACUUCUCUCCCCCCUGGACGAUUGGAUCAUUCCAUGUGUGUCAUUCCAUGGCCAGUGAUGUGUACUUCUGAGGAAGAAGAUUCCAAUUCUCUCACUCUGAACUGUGAUGCUGAGAAAGGGGAUUCCGCCAGCAAAGGAGUGACCCAAGGUGGUGACUCACACGAGGAAAGUCAGACUGACACACUGCUUUGUUUUGUGUUCGGCGGGAUGAAUACAGAAGGGGAAAUCUAUAGUGACUGUAUUGUGACUGUAGUUGACUAA